ACAAGACGAUGGCGGGUAUUUGGCGGGAAACUUGAAGCGUGUUGUCAGGCCCUUGGGCAGUUAGACACCGACCCGGUCGACCGACAAAAAUCCACGAAGCCCUGAAACGGGAGAAGCAACGCGAGGGAGGAAGUGCGAGGGAGUAUGGGGAUCCAGGGACUGCUGCCGUUCCUGAAGGAGAUUCAGCGUGACGUCCACGUGUCGUCGUUUCGCGGGCGGAGGGUGGCAGUGGACGCUUAUUGCUGGCUGCACAGAGGAGCCUACUCGUGUGCCUUACAGCUCGUCAUGAAGACCGAGAAAUUGGAGUCCCUACCAUUCAUCAAGUACUGUAUGAAGAGGUUAACAUGUUGCUGAACUAUGACAUCACACCAGUGAUGAUAUUUGACGGUGGCUACCUUCCACUCAAGGGGAAAACAGAGAAUGAACGCAGAGAGAGGAGACGAGUGAACCGCGACAAGGGAAAGGCUCUGCUGAGAGAGGGGAAGAGAUCGGAGGCCAUCGACUGCUUCCAGAAGAGUGUGGACGUCUCUCCGGAAAUGGCCCUCGCCCUCAUCAAGGAGUGUCGCAGUGCGGGAGUGGAGUGUAUAGUGGCACCGUACGAGGCUGACUCCCAGCUGGCCUACCUCAGUAAGGAGGAGAUUGUCGACCUUGUCAUCACUGAAGAUUCUGACCUCCUUGUCUUUGGCUGCCGAAAGGUGAUGUUCAAACUUGACGACUCUGGAAAUGGGAAACUGAUUGAAACUCAGCACCUGGGGAAGGCUAACCGUGGCCUAGUGGGGUUCACAAUGGACUCAUUUCGACACAUGUGCAUCCUGUCGGGCUGCGACUACCUUGCCUCGGUGCCCGGCAUAGGGCUGGGCAAGGCCCUCAAGCUCAUGCGACGGUUUAACAAGGAUCCCUAUCGAGUCAUCAAGGCUCUACACUAUGAGACGGGGAAAGUGCCACAGAGUUACGAGGCCAAUUUCCGCAGGGCUGACCAGACCUUCCUCUACCAGAUGGUGUUUGACCCUCGAACCCAGGAACAGGUCAGACUCCACCCCCUCCCCAGCGACGUGGACACCUCCGAUUUUGAGUUUGCUGGAGUUGCCUCGUCUCCAAGGAAGGCAGUGGGAAUGGCCAGAGGCAACAUCAAUCCUCUCAACUACGUCGUAAUGGACACCUACUCACCCUCAAAGGUCCCUCCUCCUCCUGCCAAAAAUACUGUCAGGUCGAGGUCGUGGGGUGGAUCUGUGAUGGGCGGAGAUGGUGGGUGGAGCAAAGUCAAACCUCCCUCCUCCCUCACGUCCUCCGGGUCCAUUUGGAAACACUUUAAACCUCCGAAGAAACCCAAGUCUAGACCUGAGACGAUAGAAGACGUGGAUUCAGUCGAGGACUUGCAAUCAACUUACCUGACAGCCACAAUGGGAGCUAGUCAGCAGUCCCUCACCUCUGACAGCUCUACCACUACCACUGGUAGUACUGCUGCCGCUGUGGCUGAAGUGAAUCCCAGAAAAGCUGGGGCACCCUUGUCUGCGUCUACUGCAGGAAAUGACGAGAGAACAGAGAGUGAAGUUGGCAGGAAAAGCUUGCCUAAACAUCCAUCUACAAAAUCAAGGUUCUUCUCCACUGUUGCAAGUUGUGAGCCGUCUGUCUCAUUAUCUGCUGCAAAUGAUGAAACACCCUCCGAUCGUGACGUGGCGAAGAUAUUGAGAGCCAAGCGACGCAUCUCUCUCAUUCCGCCCAAAUCAAACCGUCUCCUCGGAGCCUUAUCCUCUGACGCAGACGAGGGUAGCAGUCCUGGGGACAAGUCAGACGAUGAGCUAAUGGCCGAGCGCUGCCAGCUUAGGAGAAAGAGGCUGAAUUCUUUAGACAACGAGCAGAGCGUGAGACCGAGUCUCCGGAUGUUUACUUACGACACCCCGACCACAAAGAAGAUAAGACGCAGCAGUGGAACUAGCCCAAUAUCAAGACUAGACCAAGAAAGUUCUCCGACAUCAGCAGAGCCAGGGAGCCAUGCCAGCAAUGGGUGUGUCACUCCGUCCCCUGUGAAGAACCCUUUUGCUAAGAUCAGGACAACUCCAAAGAAAAGCAGGCCUGUCCUUAUCUCUGGAGAUAGUGUGGGAGUGAACACAGCACCAGUAGAAAAUUCCGCUAGUGACUCUCACGGGGAAGAUUUGGAAGCCACACAGGAAGAAGAUAAUGAGAGUGGUGGAGAAAUGUUGAUGGAGUUCAGUUUACAUGGCCAUUCUUCUUCUGUUACCUCCGCUACCACGACAGCUGUUGGUACCUCACGGCCCCGCCCACCCCGACCUUUCAUGACCUCCGAGGCCUACAUCACUACCCGAUCUCACUCCUCUCUCCUGAACCACGUCAUCUCCCACUCUGAGCCUGCUGUGGGGCAUGCCACCUGUUCAUCUGGUCAUCCCAACACACCAGGCAUCAAACCUAGGGUGGUAUUAGGUACUUCUAGGAGAAAGUUGAGCUUGACAAAAUCAAAGUCUAAAUCUACUGGCUUCAAGGCACCCAGAAGGUCUGAGCCAGGCCAGACUAAACUCAGUCUACAGAGUCAGUUUGGUUACUGCAGCAGCCAACCCAAGAUGAGCAGAGAGCAGUGAUAAUCUGGUAUAUACUCUGCAUAACUUUUUUCCUUCUGACAAAACUACCUGCAUUUCCUACAGUAUAUAUUUUUUGACUAAGAUUAUUAUAUUAUGCUGUUCAUAGUA